AGGGAGGGUGAAGGCGAGAGAGAGAAAGACGGAGCGGGAGAGAACAGGCGGCUUGCCUCAUUCUGCUUCUUCCUCAGCAUCCAUUCAGCCUAUUCCGGAGUGCAGAGAGCUACACAACAGAAGAAGAGAAGGAAAGGGAACACAAAUCCAUUGAGGAGGGAGGAUAUCAAGGAAAAUAACAUAACCAGGGCUCAGUGGGAUCCACUAUCACCUCUUCUAGCUUUGGCAGUGGUGUCUGAAAGUUUCCAUCCAGGGGGGAAAACCCUCCCCUUUUUUGUGGGGAUGAACAGUGGAUGCUGAAUUUCAUUCCUGAAGGCAGGAGGAGAUCUGUGAAGACCGGCUGGAUUCACCAGUAUUGGAGCUGGUAGUGCGCAGCAGAAAAGAUCCUACAGUGCCUCUUUCUCUCUCCCCACCUUCGCUCAGUCUGUCACACACGCAUUUUCCAGUAGAAUACAUAACACUAUUUCACUGUGCCGAGGUGGAAUAUCUGGGAAAGCAACCCAAAAAAAAAAUAAUUCUCCCAAACCAGGGGAGUCAAGGGGAAUGGAUUACGUACAGAAUCAAUGAAGGACAUCUUGAUCACAAAAAAGUAAGUUCUAAUCAGAAAAGAUUGGAAUUUCGAUUGGGUUCAGAUUCUGAAAGACUUGAAGGAUUUUUUGCCCUUUUCUUUGUUGUGGACCAGCACCGAGCUUCAGACAGCUUAUCUUGUGGAGUAUAGGUUUCUGGAUGGUAUUUGAAGACUGAAUCUGUGGAAGCACCUUUCCGCUGGCCUGGCAGGAAGCAGACAUGUUCUUUGCCUCUGUUCCAGAAUGACCCUGGAGUAAGUGACCUGUGAGUCGAGUCACACGGGGAUAGGAAUUCUUUGCCUUGCUAACAGUGUAUGGACAUUUGACAUUGGGAAGCCCAGCAGAUAAAAGACCGAAAAUAGGGAGGACCACAGCAAAAGCAGAGUGAAAAGAAUGGGCCAUGGCUGUGGGGAUGAUUGCUUCUCAAAGUGAACCGUGACAGAAUGGUCGACUGUAUGAGCAAAGUCAUGCUGCACACGGUCGUCUCAUGCUGGCAACCAUUCCUGGGACUGGCCCUCGUGGCUGUCUUUGUGGGGUCUACCCUGGGAUGUCCCUCACGCUGCGAGUGUUCAGCGCAGAGCAAGGCAGUUGUCUGUCACCGCAAGCGCAUGCCCAGCAUUCCGGACGGCGUCCCAACAGAGACCAGGAUCCUGGACCUGAGUAAGAACAAGCUGACAAUGAUCAACCCUGAUGACUUUAUUGCCUUUCCUGGGCUUGAGGAACUUGACCUCAGUGGAAAUAUUAUCAGUUAUGUUGAGCCUGGAGCUUUCAAUGCCCUGUUUAACAUGCACUCGCUCAGUCUCAAGAGCAAUCGUAUCAAGCUCAUACCUCUGGGCGUCUUUACAGGCUUAACAAAUCUUACCCGACUGGAUAUAAGUGACAACAAGAUCGUCAUCCUCCUGGAUUACAUGUUCCAGGACCUACACAAUCUAAAGUUUUUGGAAGUGGGUGACAAUGAUCUGGUUUACAUUUCUCACCGUGCAUUUAGUGGACUUAUAAGCCUGGAGAUACUAACCUUAGAAAGGUGCAACCUUACAGUUGUACCCACUGAGGCUCUUUCCCACCUGCACAACCUGGUCAGUCUCCAUCUACGAUACCUCAGCAUCAGCACUUUACAUCCUUACUCAUUCAAAAAGUUAUUCCGGCUGCGGCAUUUAGAAAUUGAUAAUUGGCUGUCACUAGACCAUGUGCCAGCCAAUACCCUGCAUGGACUCAACCUGACCACUCUGUUCAUCACCAACACCAACUUGUCCUCCUUCCCUUACCAAGCCCUGAAGCAUCUGCCCUAUCUAACACACCUUAACCUGUCCUACAACCGCAUCAGGCACAUUGAAGGAGGGAUGUUGAUGGAACUGGUUAGGCUUCAAGAGCUUCAUUUGGCUGGAGCUCAGCUAACUACCAUUGAACCGUUCGCCUUCCAGGGCCUGCGGGGACUCAAAGUCCUCAAUGUCUCUCACAACCGACUGGAUACACUGGAGAAGGGUAUUUUUCAGUCUCCUGAGGCUCUGGAGGUUCUUCUGAUUGACAACAACCCCCUGGUGUGCGACUGUCGUCUCAUGUGGAUCCUACAGAAAAGGCAUUCCAUACUCUUUGGAGAUUCGCAGCCAGAGUGCAGCACACCUGAAGGUAUUCGUGGCAGGCCUUUUAGAGAGUUUAAGGAGACUCUCCUGUCUUACUACGUGACAUGUACCAAGCCAAAAAUCCGUGAGAAUAAAACUCAAACAAUCACUGUGGAUGAGGGCCAGCAGGCGAUGUUGCGCUGCAGUGCUGAUGGGACACCAAGGCCCACCGUGUCCUGGGUGUCCCCACGUCGACGUGUUUUGACAAGUAGGAGCCAUGGAAGAGUAACCGUUCACAACAAUGGUACACUGGAGAUAAAGUCAGCAGAGGUACAAGACAGCGGAGUGUACCUUUGCCUUGCCUCCAACACUGCUGGGAAUGACACCUUGAUGACUUCAUUGGCGGUGAAAAGUCUGGGGUCGCUGUAUGCCAACAGGACCCAGUACUACACAGAUCCCAGCAAUGCCACUGCCAAUGGGACAACCGGUGUGACCGUUGGUUUAGACCUAAAGACUAUUUUAGUGUCAACAGCUAUGGGUUGUUUCACAUUCCUGGGAGUGGUCUUGUUUUGUUUCCUGCUCCUUUUUGUUUGGAGCAGAGGGAAAGGAAAACAUAAAAACAACAUAGAUGUUGAAUAUGUGCCUCGGUCAAAGUCUAAUGGCACUAAUGUUGACUUGGCAGAGGGACAAGCUGGUCCUCGUCGUUUUAACAUGAAAAUGAUGUAACUUCUUUCAUAGAUCCAAGAUUCCAAAGUACAUUGUAUUUUUCUUUGGAAAUCGGAAUACUAAACCUCCCACUGCUGUAGGGAAAAUGGUAGUGGAAACAUUCGGGGCAGCAUAACAACAUGAGCAGUACCUUAAAUCCCUGGACCUUCACAUAAUUCUUGGAUACUCAAAAAUCAAAAGGUAGUAGGACAUCCUCUUAAGUAAUUGCCAGUGGGCAACUUCAGCAUGGAUGAGGAGGGACAACUGUUGCCGCCAUGGGGACCUGGAUUGAAUAGGUGUCAUUUAUCAUCUUUUUGAAAUUUAUAUGUCCAAAAAGAACACUACAGCUUUGGGUUGGAUCUACAGACUGAGCUGAACCGUGUACAGUACAAAUUUAUAUCUAAGCUAUUAACCUACUUUGUUUUGUCUUGAGCCAUGCUUAUUCACUGAACAAAUCAAUGAAACAGACCAUAAUUUCCUAUGUUCAAUACUUUGCAUAUGUGUACCUAAUGCUUCAUUGUGUACAUGUAUGUACAUAUUCAUUCAAAAGAACUAUUCACAGCAAUAUUCAUGGGAUGCAUUAGCCAAAAUUAAUAUACCCCAUAUGUUCAGCAAAAACAUUCUUCAGACUUUUGAAGUUUCCAUGAUUUCAGGAAGGGCUUCUAUGGGUGGUUAUACGUCCUUUCUCCCCAAAUUGAUUCAUAGAUAUUAAUGAAUAUAUAUUAUUAUUAAUAAUAAUAAAAAAUGAAGAAAAAAGAUUUUAUUUAUGACAAAUGUUGAGCCUUUUACAAAAAGCCAGUCCUCAAGUAUUGUUCAGGAUCUGGCAUUACACUUUGAUCAUCAUAAAGCUGACCCAGUAUUGGUCAAAGUACCUACAUGAACCACUUUUUGUCCUAUUUUUGUCUCUUUUUAUUACUUUAACUGUACCUUUGCUGGUUGGCAAAAUACAUGUGUCAAUUUUACUACAGUGACAUUUGCAUAAUUUUCCCCAGUAGGGAAUUUGGACUUUGUUGUGGUAGUUCCUCAUUUUGUUGUUGAAUCAUUUAGAUUGUGAAGACUUCAAAGUAAAAGUCAAAAAAAAAAAAUGUAUGUGAAAUAAAUGAAGAUGUAUUUGUACCCAUGAGUCUGACUAAAUGGCUAACAACUUCUCUUCAGCCUCACUGACAGACAUCACAAUCUUCUGUAAACGACAGUAUUCAGUUAACAUUGCAACAAAUAAAUAUAGAGUUUGCACUUAACUCAUGAAACUUUAAGUCAAGUCUACAGAAACAGACACGCAAGUCACAUAUCUAUUUGGUACGACAAGUUUAAAAAAAAAAUACAGUAUGUUAUUACUUACUUACAAAUGGCAAUAUAUUAAAAGACACUAACAUUGUACAGUGAUGCACGGCUGUAAUACUCCAUUAUAAAAUUCAAUGACUUGGCAGUACUGUGUUACUAUUAUUAAUAAAUGUUGUGAGUUUUUUAAAGAACAAUUCAGUAACAGUAAUAAUGUACUUAGUCCAUUUCCAGCCAUUUACUGUAUAAAUGUAUUCAAAUCACAGCUGAAUUACAAAUAUCUUUGCCAAUACAUUUUACUUCAGUUUCUACAAAUGUACUGGCAUAGUUGUAAUGGGUAACGACCCCAGUAAAACUGAAAACUAUUUUAUGCGACAAUCUCUCAAAGAACCAUUAAAUUGUUUUGAUGUAUGCUUUGGCAAUUGAAUCACUGAUGACCUCUUACAAACU